GAGGACAUUGAGAGAAUGAGUGACUCUGCAGACAAACCCAUUGACAACGAUGCAGAAGGGGUCUGGAGUCCUGACAUUGAACAGAGCUUCCAGGAGGCUCUAGCUAUCUAUCCACCAUGUGGGAGGAGGAAAAUCAUCUUAUCAGAUGAAGGCAAAAUGUAUGGUAGGAAUGAACUGAUAGCCAGAUACAUCAAACUUAGGACAGGGAAGACACGGACCAGGAAGCAGGUGUCUAGUCACAUUCAGGUUCUUGCCAGAAGGAAAUCUCGUGAUUUUCAUUCCAAGCUGAAGGUAACAAGCAUGGAUCAGACAGCAAAGGACAAAGCACUCCAGCACAUGGCAGCAAUGUCAUCAGCUCAGAUAGUCUCAGCUACUGCUAUUCACAACAAGCUGGGCCUGCCAGGAAUUCCCCGUCCUACAUUUCCUGGGGCACCUGGGUUUUGGCCGGGCAUGAUUCAAACGGGGCAGCCUGGAUCCUCACAAGACGUCAAGCCAUUCGUUCAGCAGGCCUACCCUAUACAGCCAUCCGUCACAGCUCCCAUUUCAGGCUUUGAGCCCACAUCAGCUCCAGCUCCCUCAGUCCCUGCGUGGCAGGGCCGAUCGAUUGGUACGACCAAGCUCAGGCUGGUGGAGUUCUCAGCUUUCCUUGAGCAGCAGAGGGAUCCUGAAUCCUACAACAAACACCUCUUCGUGCACAUCGGACACGCCAACCAUUCUUACAGCGACCCCUUGCUCGAAUCGGUGGACAUCCGCCAGAUUUAUGACAAAUUUCCUGAGAAGAAGGGCGGCCUGAAGGAGCUCUUUGGGAAGGGGCCUCAGAACGCUUUCUUCCUUGUAAAGUUCUGGGCUGACUUAAACUGCAACAUCCAAGAUGAUACAGGGGCGUUUUAUGGAGUCACCAGUCAGUACGAGAGCUCAGAAAACAUGACAAUCACCUGUUCCACCAAAGUCUGCUCGUUUGGAAAGCAAGUAGUAGAAAAAGUAGAGACUGAAUAUGCAAGGUUUGAGAACGGCCGGUUUGUGUACAGGAUAAACCGCUCUCCCAUGUGUGAAUACAUGAUCAACUUCAUACACAAGCUGAAGCAUUUACCAGAGAAAUACAUGAUGAACAGCGUCUUGGAAAACUUCACAAUUUUAUUGGUGGUAACAAACAGGGAUACACAAGAAACCCUGCUCUGCAUGGCUUGUGUGUUCGAAGUGUCCAACAGUGAACAUGGAGCACAGCAUCACAUCUACAGGCUUGUAAAGGACUGAGCAGUUAUUUAUAUAUACAAUUCAUUUCACUUCUUUAUCAAAACACAGACUGUAAA